CACGCCGGAAUUGUUGGCCGCGUUUUGCUGCCGCCGCUCUGGAGGACCAAACCUACCGCCGGGGACCUCACCUUCCUCUUUUCUAUUCCUCAAAUCCGGCGACAAUCACCUUCGCCUUCCUCUUUUUUCCCCGCAAUUCCCGGCGACGUUUCACCCUCCACCAUCUUCUUCCGCUUUCCGGCUCUCAAUCUUCUUGUUUUUGCGUGGCGGCUGCGGCGGGGGAAUUGCCAUGGGAGCAAGACCUCGGAAUGAGAUGGACGGAGACCUUCGGUCCGACGUCGGCGUUCGGACGGGGUCCGCCCGCCGGCCUCGGACGGGGUCCGACCUCUCGCAUCGGACGUGGUCCGAUCUCCCACAUCGGACAGGGUCCGACCUCUCGCAUCGGACGUGGUUCGAUCUCCCGCGUCGGACGGGGUCCGAUCUCGUGGGUCGGACGGGCCGCCGGUGAAUAAAAUUUUUAUUGUUUUAAAUAUUUAAAAAUCUGAUAAUUAGGCAAAUUAAAGGGAGUAUUUUAAGGUAAGAUUGCAUUUCCCUGAUAUAUUUCAGUAGAAUAUUAAAGAGGAGUUUUUUUUCUCACAAAAAUAAAAGGAAGGAGUUUUUCAUGGUAUAAAUAAAAGUUUACAUAAACAACCAUAAAAUAUUCCCUUAAUUAACUUGUCUUCCCCUAAUUGGCGUCCACAUUUAAUUUCAUUUACUUAAGACAUCCGAAAAAAAUUCCAUAAUUAACAUGUCCAUAACCCACGUCUAAUUGGCGUCUACAUUUGAAUUGUUAAUUAUUUAUUGAGUAAUUAAGUAGUUAUAUUGUUUCAGAUAUUCAUAAAAUCACCCGUCAAAAUAAAAUAUUUAUAAAAUCUGAUAAUUUGGCAAAUUAAAGGGAGAGUUUUAAGGAAAUAUUGACUUUUUCGUUGAUCUAGUUUUGGUAGAUUUUUUGUUUCGUUUAGACUUUAGCUGUGGAAUAUUAAAUAGAAUAGUUUUUAUGGUAAAAUUUAAAGGGAGAUUUUUAAGGUAAGAUUGAUUUUUCGGUUAAUAUAGUUUUGGUAGAAUUUUUUUUUAUUUUGGUUGAGCGGUUGAAUAUUAAAUAGAUGAGUUUUUUAUGGAAAAAUUUAUAAGUUUUACAUUAAUAAAAUAAUUUAUUUUGAGUAAAAAUUUUUCGGAAGGAAACUUCCUAAUUAACAACCUCUAAUUUGUAUUUCUCGCCACCAAUCUUAUUUAUCUCGCCAUCAAUAGAAUUUGUAUUCCUUAACAACUGAACGUAAUAUCCUCCCCAAUUUAAUGAUUAUUUUCCUAAUUAACUACCUAAAAAAUUUCCUCCCACGUCUAACAAUGGUUUCAUAAUUAUACUCAAUUUAACAUCCCACCCACAUUUUACUGAAUUGACAUCCGAAAAAAUUUCUUUAAUUCACAUUUCCUAUUCCAUAACCCACGUCUAAUUUCAAUUUCCUAAUUAACAAUAGGAAAAAAUUCUUUUAAUUAACACGACUAAGCCCAUAAAAUGGAGAUUUUUACAGUAUUUAUAAUUAUUCAUAAUUUAUUUAUAUAGCUAGGGUUUGAUUUUGACCAAUUAGGGUUUAUGGAGAGUAGGGUUUGAUCUUGACUAAUUAGAAUUUAUGGAGAUUAAGAUUUGACUUUAACCAAUUAGAAGAGAAUUUAACCACAAUUGAAAUCAAGAUGACAGAUGGCAAAAAGAAAUAAAGCAUUUCUUUCCUAGUUUACACCUUCUACCCCUCCAAAACCCUAAUUCCUUAUUCCAACAAAAUAACUACAUUCAACCUCGACCCAUCCAAUUCUACUACGACAUCUAUACAUAAUAUUAUAGCAAUUCAAAAGUAGUUUGUUGCCACAUAAGCAUUUGGAGAAUUUACAAGGUGCCAUGGUGGACACUUUUUUUACAAACAAAAAAGUUAGUUAAUGAUCAAUUAAUGUAGCUAUAUCUAUCUUUUUCUUAAUAUUUUCUUUUUAUUUUAAUGAUCAUUUAUGUAGCUAUUUCUAUUUUCUUUUAAUAUUUUUAUUCAAUAAUUGUAUUUUUCGAUAUAUAUGUGUAGCAGUAGUAUACUUGUGUUUCGAGAGUGACAUAUAUUGUAAUGCUUCAAAAAAUAUAUUUGAUUAAAUCUGAUCAAUUAAUUGUUAUUUUUAUUUUUAUUAGAACUUAAUAUAGGUUAUAUUUCGAUACAAAAAUAAAUUAAACACACAGAUAAGUAAUAAAAAUUUUUAAAAACAAAAUAUAAUGAAGAAAGUUUAGAUAAUCAACAUUUAAUAAUCAAUUGAAUUUGAAAAAUCAACUAUAUAAUUUUAUGUUUUGGUUAUCAAACACUAUUUCUUUCUAAUGUUUGUAUUAUCAACGAAAACAAGUAUUAAAUAGCAAAAAAUUACAUGCAACAAAUUAAUGUAGCUAAAUCUAUGCAACAAAUUACAUGCACAAUCUUAGGGGUUAAGCUCUAUGAUUUAGAUAACUAAGACCUAGGGUUCACUCAUUAAGGGUUGGGGUAUAGUAUCAUGCCCACAAAUCCGGUUAAUUCGUGGUCCAUAUACCAUUUUCUUAUUCAGAGUAUAGUAUCAUGCUUAGAUAUUGACAAUAGAUGUGGCAUUAUACCAACAAAAUGAAGAUAUUAGUAUAAGUAAUGGAAUUUUUAUCUCAAAAGAAACACCAAAGAUAAAUAAAUUUGAGCAAAUGCAUAUUUGAUAAGUUAGAAAAUUAUUCAACAAUGGACCAUGUUAAGAUUAGAACCCUCGACAGUGUAUGCGUAUCUUGGACCGAGAUUCUAAACCAACAUCUAAACAAUGACCAUGAGUUGAGGGUGAGUCUAUAUUAAACUUCAGGAAUUAACAAUUGGUACAUAUUGUAUAAGAUAUUAAAUUGAGUGUCUUGAUAGACAAAUAUGAUCGUACACUAAGACAAUAAAUUUUCAAUUGGGAUGACCAAAUUUAUGUAAUAUUGAAGUACCUUUAUAAAAAAAAUUCUAACUAAGUUGUCGUCAUCUGAGCAACAUCAUUGGUAGAGAGUUCGUCCAAACUCGAGAUUCAUUGAAUGAUAUAUAUUGUAUAAGACAAAAAAAAUUGAAUAUAGUUAUUGACAAAUCUUGACAUAGGAUUCUAUAUGGGACGUGAUAUAUCUUUGUGACAUGAUUUAUGAUUAGUGAAUCGAAGCAUCAUAAGUGAAUGUACUAAGUAUUGAGAAUUUUUAAUUUAUAGACGCACCGCAUACUCACAAAUGAAUGCAAAUGUAAAAAAUUUAGAAGAUCCAAAAUAGUUUAAACAUAUAGAUAAAUUGAUUAAUAUAAAUGUUAAAUUAAACUCACCGGCCAACGGGCCGGGUAAAAAAGCUAGUUGUCUUAGAGACAAAAUCACCUCUACUUCCACUAACAAUAAUCGUCCGUGUUGUCAAAAUACGCAUGGUAGGCCCAAGAAACUGCUCGUUACGACUCACAAAACUCCCAAAAACGCCGAUUAAAGUUUUGACACUAUUCAUACUUUUUUGCCCCGGACGUCCGAUCGCGAAUCGGUUGAUUCCACCAUAUUCGUAUCCACAUUUUAGUGGAGCACCAAGAGUUACAAUAAUUUUUCACAUCGAUAGCUCUAGAAAAUAGUAAUUGUGAAAAGAUUAUUGUAUAACCAUUUAACCAAAUUUAAUAAGUAUUAAUAUUCAUAAUCUAAUCAUGGUAAUUUUUUGAAUUAUCCAUAAGUUGCUAUUUAGGUACGCAAUAAUUUUGAAAGUUCUAAUCUAAUCAUGGUAAUUUUUUUAAUUAUAGGGGUAGAAACGAUGGAAACUAAUCACCUCUGUCAUAUUGAGCAAUUAGUGUCGAUAAAAAAAGCAAUUAGUGGUGCAUGGAGAAAUUAGUGGUAUGGUAAAAUUAGUUUAGUGAAUAAAUGGGGUGAGGCUGGAAUUAGCUAGAUUAAUUAAUAUAAAUGAUAAUAUUAAUAUUGAUAUAAAAUAAUAAAAAUAAUUCCCACUAAUCAAUCCCAUUUACGGCAGAAACCAUUUUUUACUAUCGUUAUAUAUAAUAAAUUACUUCUCUCCAAUUAACCUCCUUGAAAACGUCUAUUCCAUUCCUAAAAAAUUUCGCCGAAUAUCCUCUCUCCUUUUCUAUCUCUUCUUUCGUUCUACCGUGGCCGUGAAAUUGGACAGUGCCAAGCCGUCCGACGCAUCAGAUCGAACCCCGUGAAGACAGUGUUGAAAAGGGUAGAGUCGGAACAAUAUUACGUGACCUUCGAUGUGUUUGUUUCAGACGCAUGUUUGCCAAUUCACCACAUACCACUCCCCGGACACCGUUUUACUACAAGUGGCAACCAGGCAUGAUCGAUAGCCUCACCCAUCAACCAUCAGCAUCACACAGUCCUUUUCUUGUUUCUUUUGCCUCAAAUGGCUAUCUCCGUGUCCCUUUUUGUUGCUAAUACUGUCUUGGAACAGUAUUUCAGGUUGGAAUCCCAUUUCCAGCACAGUUCAAUCCGUUCUCCAAUCAGGUGCCAAGAUUCAGCAGCAGUAAACAAUGCAGUAUUGUUGUUUGUAUACAGUAUACCCCAUAUAAUCUCAAGCGCAACAAUGCAGUAUUAUUGCCUUUACCAAGAAUUUCUUGGCGAGCUCUAAUGUGAUCUGAUUUAUAAGUAAGCAUCUCUUGUAAAAUAUAAGAAACACCAAAUCCCUCUAGAGCCCAAUGAAUCUAAUUUGCUUCCCCCAUAUUUUGUUUCUACAGAGAACACUACUCGUCAACAUUACUUUGAAGAAUAUGCUUUUCGAAAAGGAACAAAACUGGGGUAAGAAAAAUAUGUUGAUUCU